UUCCCCUGAAGACGUGGACCUACGGAAUCAUGAAGGUUGCCUUUUGGACGUGGAUCCUCGUGGCCGCUGCGGCUGCGUCGGCGGAGGACUCCUUCGAGAGCGAGGAAGACGAUGGCGUGUGGUCUGACCUUAGUGCUGCCAUCGUUGCCAAUUCGCUCCGGGGUGAGUGCGCAAGGGCUCGUGCCCCGUGCACUUAUAUCCCCUCCUAUAAGCCGAUCUGCUACAGCGUAGGGCAGUGCAAAGAGGGUGAGCUAUGUUGCUGGGACCACUGCUUGGGCCACAAGACUUGCGUGAAGGGGACAGACGCAAGGGAAAACAAGAAGCCAAGUAUAUUAUAAGAAGGAAGGAAAUACAUGUUAUAUGUUUACAGGAAAGAUGGAGCUACGAUGUUGGUAUUCAUAUGUUGAUGCAGCAUAGAUGUACGUAGAUGUACA